AUGUUCCUCUGCGACUGGCUCAAUCGCCCGACAUUCGAAGACAGGGCGCAGGACGACCUCCGCCGCCCAGACCUCGUCGACAUCCCCUCGUACUACUCCCGCUCGCCCUCUUCUGGCCUCUGGAUCCUCGAGCUCGGUGACAAGUUUGUAGGUCUUAUCGCGCUCGACGCAUCAUCCGACUCUACUUCAACCGAGACCAUCUCAACGUCCGCACCCCCGGUUAAGACGAGGGAUGGCAAGGUGAAAUACACAAAGGGUACAUCCAGCACCGCAACAAUCCGACACUUUUAUGUCGAGGAGCUGUAUCGUCCGGCCGGCAUACAACAUGACCUCCUUACGCAUGCUGUCAGGAUGGCGUUCAGUCGGGACCCGAAGGUACAGACUAUUCGGGCGUCGGAUACUCCGCUCAAGCCAUACGUUAGCGAGGCGUUGCGUCAGGCACGCUUUCAGCUGGAGGCAAAGACGGAAAAGCCACCAACUGCGCCGUCGGUAUCCGUCGCUGAAUCUCUAAAGCAUCGGCGUAUCGGACCAUUGGGUCAUCAGUACCCUACAUCACCGGAGGCAAUCAGAAUAGACACCAUCCAGGGAGGACUUCGUGCUGAAGAGAGAUCAACUAAGGCGGUGAUGGAGGUGAGGGAGCGUCGCAGCGAAGGCAGCAGUUAUCCCUCCGCCCUAUGCGCCGUGCGCAUUAAGAAUCCACCAAUGUGGGCACUCUCCCAGCGUAGAUCUGUACGACCCGAUUAUUGGAUGUCGGGAACUGUGAGGGCCUUCGUCCAUACCGUAGAUCAGAACUCUGAAGCCCCGAGCGGCCAGGAAGGGCUUCGAGAGAGUGGUGGACCGGGAAGGGAAUCUGGCCAGUGGCCAAAGUAUCAGCCUUCACAAUUAUUCAGUAUCCGCUGGUACAAUCAUACCUGUGAACCUGCCAUGGCCUCUCAACUUUAUGCGAGCGGAGGUGCCUCGGGGACCACGCUGCUAUUUUGCCUACUCUACCCACCGGCAUCUUUCCUGGACGCGAGUCAGCAGGACACUGAGCAUGUCCGUGCUUUUGACUGGACAGGACAUGUUCCGGGUUACCAAGUAUCUUGUGGUUAUUGGAAGGGUUUUGACGGGGCUCGGGCAGCAGCCUCAGGGCCUCUGACGGUCAUCAUCGACUCUGUCGAUACUUUGCACUCAGACAUAGGCUCGCUUGCAAAGACAGAGCGCUUUCUGUCCGAAUUGGUCAAGUUCAUACGUACCAGAGAAACUACCUUUCGGCUCGUCCUGCACGCGCUCGCCCCGUCACCUGUAAUUACUGCUGUCACACAGACUAGAUUCUCCUCGUCAAUUGCCCACAUCACAGCGCAUCCCGCUGCCUUAAUCAAACACGUCGCGGCGGAGUACCUCACGCCGCCCCCACCACUGUCCCCUCCAGAGAAGUUCUGGCGCGUCUUCAUACCUAUCGCGGAACGACACUAUGAAGCCGAGAAGCUGGUCUUCGGACCAGGCGGCGCAGGCUCGGGUGGUAGCGACUUCGUCUUAGAAGUUCUCGUCCGAGGCGCGGAUGGACCUGGACGGAGACGAGGAGUUGAACGUGUUCUCGAAGGUUGGGCGGCCGAUAAUCAAGGUGGUUCGCCUUGCGAACUGCGCGAGCUUGAUGACCUCAAAAGCCUAUGGCUCCGAAAGGUAGUCGAAGAGAGUGGUCCCGACCCUACACAAAAUCUAUCGUUUAAUCUCAAUUUGACACCACAACAGCAGCAAUUGCGAGCCCAAGUCCCGCUGCCUUAUGCCCACGAAGGAACGAGCGCAAUAAAAGAAGACACUGCGGCCAUACUAUAUGAUCCGGAUUCAGCGGAUGAUAUUGAUGACGAUGAUCCUGACGAGGAUUUAGACAUAUAA